AUGACUUUUGAAGCAAAACCAAGGGAAGACCAUGUUACUAAUACUAUUAUUGUGACGUCAGUAUCUCAGCUUAAUGUAACAGACUCCGAACAAGUGAAAUUGUUGAAUGAAUGGUUAGCUCUUACGGUAUUACAACAAUAUACGAUUACAAACGAUAACGCUUUACAACUGAUCAUACUGAAAAAUUUCAAGAGAAUACUAUUAAUAUCGCCAACUCAUGAAAUAUCUAAAAGUAUCAUGGAUGUAAGUAGAGAUCUGAUCGUUUCGAAAUUCAAAUUCAGUUAUUCGUUAACUGAUACUUCUAAUAGUCUCGAAAAACAAUAUCUGGAGCUACCUAAAGGGGAAAGGUUGUUCCUGAUAUCUCCUCCAACGUCACCUCCUCCUGGGUUUGAUUAUUCGAGAUGUGAGGAAGUGCCUAAUACAGAGUCCGUAUCAAAGACUCACUUAACCGAACAACCACAUUUAUAUGAUGUUAUCAAUGAUGAUGGUAAGGACCUUAAUAAUCAACAGCCUAGAGAGAUAACGUUAUUAGAUUGCAAUACUGGUAAGAUUGUUGUUAAUACCUGCAAAAACUACGAUGAUCCGAACGUUGAAAGUAAAUUAAUACCUACUUCGAUGCCACCAAAAUCUAUAUUUGAUGAUGACGAAGAUCUUUUAACAGAUAUUGAUGACGAAUGA